CUCUCGACGACGCACCGCGGCGCUGCGAGGGGCUCGGUCCCGGGGCGCGCCGGCGAUUGGCGGGGGAACGGGACCCGGGGGCGCGGCCGCCCGCGGAUUGGCGAGGCACGACGGGGGCGGGCUCGCGCAUGCUCAUAAGUGGCAGCGGCGGGGACGGGGUCAGUGCCAAGAUGUCGACGGCGGCGGUUCCGGAGCUGAAGCAGAUCAGCCGGGUGGAGGCGAUGCGCCUAGGGCCGGGCUGGAGCCACUCGUGCCACGCCAUGCUGUACGCCGCCAACCCUGGGCAGCUCUUCGGCCGCAUCCCCAUGCGCUUCUCGGUGCUGAUGCAGAUGCGUUUCGACGGGCUGCUGGGCUUCCCCGGGGGCUUCGUGGACCGGCGCUUCUGGUCGCUGGAGGACGGCCUGAACCGGGUGCUGGGCCUGGGCCUGGGCUGCCUGCGCCUCACCGAGGCCGACUACCUGAGCUCGCACCUGACCGAGGGCCCACACCGCGUCGUGGCGCACCUGUACGCGCGGCAGCUGACGCUGGAGCAGCUGCACGCCGUGGAGAUCAGCGCGGUCCACUCGCGCGACCACGGCCUGGAGGUGGGGCCGCCGCCCGGGCCCCGCCCCCCGCCCCGGGGUUUGGCUCUGGCCCCGUGGAAGGCACCGAUGGGUGCUGGGCCUCGUGCGGGUCCCGCUGUACACCCAGAAGGACCGAGUCGGAGGCUUCCCCAACUUCCUGAGCAACGCCUUCGUGAGCACGGCUAAGUGCCAGCUCCUCUUUGCCCUCAAGGUGCUCAACAUGAUGCCCGAGGAGAAGCUGGUUGAGGCCCUGGCUGCAGCCACCGAGAAGCAGAAGAAGGCCCUGGAGAAGUUGCUCCCGGCCUCCUCUUGAGGGCUGCCUGAGCUGGUGGCACCCUCCCCUGGGCCCGAAGACUGGGAAUUCCUGCUAAGUGUGGCUUCUAGAGUGUGUGUGUGUGUGUACCCCGCUUCUGACUGCCUAGGGCGAGUGGGCAUCCUGUCAUCUCCACUGUCCCAAGCAGUCACUAGGUGGCGGCCGGGCCAGCUGGGACCCAGCCCAUCCUCUCAGGCAGAGCAGGGUGGUCUGGGCACACGGGGCCUGCCUAUCCAGCCUCAGGAUGCUCUUGUUCAUCCUGGGCUCAGACCCUCCUCUUGUGCUUCUCAUCACAGCUGGUAGAGACCCAGGAGUGCCUGAUUGUCCCACAGGGGUGGCGCACAGCUCUGGGACCACUCAGAAGAUGGGAUGUGUGGGUGGAGGAUGCCUUGUCUCGGUCAGCUCAUUCCUGCCUCAGCUCAGGGCCUCGGGGAGAGCCAGCUUGGGGUAGGAAGUUAAUACUGUUAAUUUGGGUUGUUGUUGGAUUUACUUUGCUAGAUUUUCUCUUUCACCACGUGUGAACUGUGGGUGAGGUUUCAAAGUAGCUUCACCCCACGUGGCUUGGUUCCCAGGGACAGUCAGGGCCUCAGGGGCCCAGCUAUGUACAACGAAGCUGUCGAAGGAGAAGACAAUAAAGUCGCUCCUCAGCUGC